UCGCGAUAUUGUUAUCAGAAUCAAAUAUGAGGAUGAGAUAGGUGUGAAGUUGGAGGUAGAUGCUUCUCGUUAGAACUCAUGUAUUUAAUUAUUUAUAUCUGACCACAUUUUCUCAUUCAGAAAUGGCUUAUUUAUUUCGAAUUAUUAUAUGUUGGAUUAUUUAUGCUGGAGCACGUGGGGACUGUGACGUAGGCUGGCAGGCUAUUGGCUCCACCUACUGCUACCGAGUGGGCGGAGCUAAGAUGAUCUGGACGUCAGCCAACAGCGAAUGCGCGAAAUUUGAUUCUAUGAUGCUGCGUAUAUACGAUGACAGUGUUAAGAGCGAUGUGGGCCAGCUGUUGGCCAACACCAACGAUACUCGAUGGUGGACGGGACUCAAUAACAUCGCCACACCUCAGGUGUACGUCUGGGACGUUGGGCUAUACGCCACCCAAGUCGACGAUCCAAGCGUGUUUUCUUGGAUUCACGAGCCUGACGACACGAGCCACCUUCAGAACUGUGUCACUCUCAAUAUACAGGGAAGCAUAGAGGACGAGUCGUGCCUGAAUUCACAUAGAUACAUUUGUGAAUACCCUAUGCCUACAGCUGGAUCGUGUAUGCCAAGCUGGACAAACUUUUCGGGAUCCUGCUACCUGUUCCCGUUGGAUCUUGGCGACCCCUGGAGCAUGCUAACCUGGCAAGAUGCCAACACAAAAUGCCAGACAAUUCUUCAAGGUUUCUCUGACGCAACUGGUAUCACGCCCCAUCUGUUGUUCAUCGAAACACAACCCGAGAAAGACUAUAUCUCGAACCAGCUGCCUGCGGUCGAUCUGACCUCGGACGUGUGGUGGAUAGGACUCACUGACAACCAGACGGAGGGCAUUUUCCAGUGGACAGACGGGCGUCUGGUCGGAAUGCUAGCAUACUGGGCAAAUGAACCAAACAACCUUGGAGCGAAGGAGCAGUGUGUUUAUACCAACAGCAACGGAUCGAUAGCCGACUUCAACUGCAACAAUACCCUAAGCUACAUUUGUCAGAAAGAAAAUGAUGUUCAAAGUGCGGUCAUACCGGGUCUCGGCUGCCCCGCUAGCUGGACUCGGGCUGGCAAGUACUGCUACCACUUCGAAACCGUCACGCAGCACUCGUGGAGUGAUGCAAAGGGUGCCUGUGGUAAAUACGGGGCAAACCUUAUCAAAGUCGACGACUUUGACAAAAAGACAUGGCUAGAGGGUCAGAACAGCGUCUUCAACAGUGGGAUGUGGUACUGGACGGGCCUCAACUACCAGUCCAACAAGCAAUGGGCCUGGGGUGAUGGGACCGCGGCGGACCUGUCCUUGGUGAAGUGGAAUGUGGAGCCUAAUAACUAUAAGGGAAACGAGGCGUGCAGCACGAUACUUAGGAAAGGAACCUUCAACGACGUCAACUGUCUUAUUAAAGCUGGCUACAUCUGUGAACAAAAUACAGAAGAUUCGCCGUGCAAGACUGGCUGGCUCAGCCUGACAGUGGGUGACGUCACGAACUGCUACUACAUAGGCACGAGCCUAGUGACGUACGACGAGGCGCAUGCAAAAUGUAAAACCCAGAGCUCGCCCUUCGAUUCAUUCCUACUGGCCGUUAACUCCCAGGCGGAACUGGAUUUUGUACGGAGUGCAAUAAAGGCAACUGCGGGACCUGCCGUCGAGUUCUACACCGGUCUCACGGACAUCGACCACGAGGGCAUCUGGUUGUAUGACACCAGUUGGAACCCCGCACCGGACUCGGGAUUAAUCCCAUGGUCCCAGGCCCCUGACUUUCCGAACGGCAAUGAGAACUGUGCGACGGUGAUAUUCGCCGGGGAGUACAUCAACGUUGCCUGCACCGACAAGCACCCGUACAUCUGCGAGAGACCCGCCUAUGGCGUACAAGUGAACUCAGGCACGCGACUGUUCACAAAGGGUUUCUCCGUAUCGUCCGUGUUCGUGUUGAUGAUGUACUUCCUUAUAUAUGGCGUAUGUCUACACUACUGCCUGCACGUGACUUACGUGCUAUUCCCGGCUUUCGCAUGACCAUCUUGGACGCCACAAAAACACUUCUUGUUGAUGUCAUUAAAACGUGUUUGACGGAUUUUUUUUACAUCAAACAUAUCAGCCAUUAUUAUAUUUUUGCGUAAAUAUUUUUGGCGUUUUAAAAUUAAUACUUGUUUGUUUUUAAACUUUUUUAAAAAACGUUAGGAUUUAAACUCCGUGUUUUAAUUUUAGUUGUUUAAAUGAUUAAUCUAUUGCUCACAUAGCUUUUUCGGAUAUUCACAUGCUUAGCAUUCAUUCAUAGAUAUCUUCACACCCAACGGGUAUUUUGCAUAAUAUACUCUGAUUAAAAAAGCACAUGUGUUAUUUUUUUUAAUUUUCUGUGUUACAUUAAUGGCGCAAAUUUGAAUCUAACCGAACAUGUGGCACACUUUAAUUUAAUGACGGUUAAAUUGCUUUAAGUAUGGGGCGAUCUAGGAAUAAAACGCAACAGGUUGCAUUAUUUUCAUUCGGAACACUCGGUUCUUGUAAAAAAUCUAAUCGUUACAUCAUAGAAACAACACACACUUCACGUGAUUUUUUUAUAAGAACCGAGUGUUGCAAAUGAAAAUAACGCCAACCAUUAUCAUAGCGAAUGAAAUUGACAUCAUGUUAGAUAAACCCGCAAGAUAACAGUUCAACAAACACACAGCACACCAUGACAAUCACAAACACACGGCACACCAUGACAAACACAUGGCACACCAUGACAAACACACAGCACACCAUGACAAUCACAAACACACGGCAGACCAUGACAAACACACGGCACACCAUGACAAACACACAGCACACCAUGACAAACACACAGCACACCAUGACAAACACACAGCACACCAUGACAAACAGCAUACUAUUAUAAGCACAUAAUGAUUCUUAUAAGAUUUAAACCCACACCAUUUCAAUGAAACAGCCGAUAUAUUAAUAGUCAACCGAAGAAAGGCGAGGAGUUCCAUAACUACGAAUGACCCGGUAGGUGUCUGUUGGCAACAUGUUUAAGCAAUUGUUAAAACUGCAUGUAAUACUAUUACAAGCUGCACCAUGCGCAUGUUUGACCUUUGGUCUUUAGUGACAUCUUGACCUUUUAUUUUAUGAGUAUAAUUAAGUUACCGUCUGGACAAACUGUUUUGUAUUGCCAAAUUUUACCUUCGACCUCUAAGUGCGACCUAGAUCGUUAAGUCAGGGAGAUGAUCGUUACACACUACAUUAAACCUCACACGAUACAACGUAUCCUCAUGGCGUAUUUGUGUUAUUUUAAAGUUGAAGGAUCAAUGACACAUUUAAAUUUUACAGUAAGGACAUCAACAUUUGACAGCGAUGUUUGACUUUGAUUGUUUUGGUUGAUAGAAAGGUGAUACGCAUGACACUUCCAUUUAAAUUUAAAAUUUGAAUGACAAAGGUACAGUUUGGAUUAGCUCUGAAGUCGUAAUACAUGCACACUCAACAGUUGUUACUGCCAUAUGGAGCUUUACGCAAGCAAGUUUGCGAAGAAGACAGCUUUACCUGAGUGUGAAUAUUAUAAUAAAAAAGUUUUAAUGCCACAAUUUUAAUCCCUUGUGUAAUAUAGUAACAUGAUUAAUAACAAACAAAUAAUUUAAAUCACAAAUGCAAUAUAGAGAGAAACAAAGCAAACAGAUGCAUAAUUGAAAUCCUCUUGGUUAUAUUAUAAAAUCACAACAAAUUAAACUUGAGUCCAGUAUAUUAAAACACUGCAGUAAACAAUACUAAUAAUAAUUCAAAUAAAUUCCCCAGUGCAUAUUGGUCUACACAAAUUCUCCUUAUUUAGUAUUGUAUUCUUGUUCAGAUUAUAUACACUAUGAAACUUCUUUAAAUGUUUGCCAGAUCUUUAUUGCAGGAGUACCAUGUACACCAAGACGACAAUAGAAACUCACUAUGCUGAUAGCUUGACCCAUAUUCACCCAUACUAACAAAACUUGAUCAAAAUCAAGUUU